UUGUACAUCAAAAUUUAUGCUGCGAAAAAGUAAAUGAAAUUUCUACAACUAUCGGAAACCAGGCUUUAAAGUCGCUGCAACAACCUUGACAACAAACAAAUAAAAGCCUUUGCAAAUGAAGAAUUCUGUGAAAAAAAGUUCUGCAGUUGUUUCCCAAAAUACAAUAAAAGAGGAUCAAAUUCUUCAUGGUGAAUGUGAAACUAUAUUUCUAAAUGUGUUUUCAAAUAUAUCUGAGGAAAUAACAACUAAAGAAGAAUUGAUGUUAUUGUUGCAGUAUGCUGGAUUUAAUCCUUCACAUAAAACCAUUGAAAAGUAUUGGAAUAAAACAACUGAGUUUCUUACCUUCAACCACUUUAUUGAGAUUAUAAAGCAAGAACGAAAUGUAUCAAAAGUUGACAUCUUAGGAGCAUUUAAAAGAAUAGAUCAAAAUAAUGAUGGAUAUUUAGACCAUCAAGAGCUUAUGGAAAUUUUGACAAAAAAGGGAGAUAGGAUGACCAAAGCUGAAAUAAACAAUUUAUUAAAAAGCUCUGAUUUUAACGGUGAUGGAAAAUUAAACUAUCAAGAGUUCUGUAACAUAAUGGAAGAAACUGUUAAACUUUGUCAGAAGUUUAAUUCUAUUAAGCAUGUUGGUAGUCAAGCCAUUAAUCAAGUUGGUAAUCAUUCUAAACUGUCUCAGUCCUCUCAAAAUUUAUAUAAAGAAGAAAGUGUUAAUCGUAAAGAGUCAACGCAGAAAUUAUCUUUAGCAAUGAAUCUGUCAUCUAUAAAAAGAGUUGAUGAACAAAAGAAGAAUCUCAAAAAAUUUCUUCAAGUAUCUUUAGAGCCAGGUGAUCUAAAACGAUGGCAUUUUCAAUCAAUGAAAGGUUGCAUUUACAAAAAUGAUGAUGGAAAGGUUUUUUGUCAGCAGUAUAUAUUGCGAGUAACUCAGCCUACUACAGUUUGGGUGACAGUUAAACCUGGAAGUCUAAAACAUGGAAGUUACAAUGACAUAAUCUUAAACACAGAUGUAAUGUUAUUUUUGGUAGAGGAAGGUUUAUCAGCUAAUGUGAUUGCUUACACAAAUUCAUUUGUUAAUGGGAAACUAUGUUUUCAAGCAGACUUAGGAACUGGUACAUACCGUGUGAUAAGUUACUCCAGUGGUAACAAUUUAAUGGUAGAGAAAUCUACAAGUGGUCAGCUGAGCAUUAUCAAAGGGAAAGGAGAUGAGAUUUCUUUAACCAAACCUUGCAGUGAUGCAUUGCUGGAAAUAUUUUAUCGCUAUGACUUGAAUAGUAAUGGUUAUUUAAGCCGGGAUGAGUUUAAUGAAUUUCAAAUGAGAUCUAGUGGAGAAUUAUGUGACAAUGAGGCAUGGCAAGUGCUUAAAGAAACUGUUGAGCUUACAUCUCAAGAUGAAAUCCCUCCUAAUAGCUUUUUGAGUUUGCAUUUAAUGGAAGCAAAGGAUCCAGAUGGUGGUCAAGAUGAGUUGUGGUUGACUUUAGAGAGUAUGGGCUAUUCUCGAAAACUUAACCUUAUUAAGGCUUGUCCAUUCUAUAUAGAAACAUAUACGAGCAGAGGAAAAAGUAUAUUACUUUCCUCUGGAAUUAAUAAUAUUGAAGAUGGUAUUAAUGUUCUAAAAAAUAUUAUCAAGCAAGUUAUUGAUUCAAUUUCUUUCAAAAAUUCAAAAGAUCUAUUAUUAUUUGUCGGAAACUUCAACAGUUCUUUUGUUAUUGCUGUUGAAAAUCAAGGCAUGACUGUAAUCAAAGCUCGUGUUGACUGCUCUAAAAGUGUAAACUUGAAAAGUAAUCGAGAAAGUCUUGAUGUUUGUGAAAAAAUUGGUGUUAAAGAAAUGAAAAUUGUUCACCAUCUUACUGUUGUGGAUCCUGCCAAGCCAACACAAUUACACUAUGUUGAGUCAGCAGUUUACUGAGAGUUUUUAAUAAGGAAUUUGCAUAAAAUAUAUUUAUAAAUAAAUUUUAAUAUAAUAUACAUAUUUAGAAUGUAAAUAAUUGAAUAAAUAAAAAAAAUGUAAAUAAAUUUUUAAAUA